AGAGAGAGAGAGAGAGAGAGAGAGAGAGAGAGAGUAGAGGACCACUUUAGCGACCCACAAGGGUUGUUGUUUUUCUUCCUCAUGCACUGUUUGUUUGCACUCAGGACUUCUAGAUGAUCCGGCGGAGUCCUCCAAAAGGGCUCUCGGGACUUUUUGCUUGAGAGAUCCGCUAGAAGAGAGAGAGAGAGAGAGAGAGAGAGAGAGGAGGACACCAGAGAGCUGAGCUGAGCUGGAGGCAGUUUGUUGCUCAUGAUCUCAGAUUCCCUGCAAUGGAAUGAGCAGAAACUCUCCAAAAACUUGUGGAAAACUUUUUUUUUGUCUUUUUUUUCCUCCUGUGAGUUUCUGUUUUUAGUUUUCCCCCGAAAUCAUGCAUGGAUAACAGGACUUUAUCUGAAGAAUCCGGCUCAUAUGGAUCAGAUUUAUGGAGCUGGGAUUACACAUUACGCAGUGCCAGCCUGUUGACACUAUCCAUGGAAGUAUAGUGUAGAAGUUUCCCAUAUGACACUGCUGCUGUGAGUUGUGCAGUUUUCUCUCGCAGAGAACAAUGGCACGCUCUGGCGCACUGGCACGGAGGAGCGUCUCCUGCAGACUCGUUUGGCCUCUCGGUUGUGCGCUUUUUUUGUUUUUCGGCUACUUCUCCGUGGCCUCUUCCUCGUCCCAUAACCGCAGACUGAUAUGCUGGCAAGCCAUCAUGAACUGCCAAGCCGAGCCGGAGUGCAAUUACGCAUACGAACACUACUCGCGCGCCUGUGGGCCCGUGCUGAAGGGCGAGAGGAGGAAGUGCCCGAGCCACUGCAUCUCCUCUCUCGUGCAGCUCAACUUGACCAAAAACGGCCCGGCUCUGGAGGACUGCAGCUGCGCGCACGACCCGCUGUGUACGAGCACCAAGCGUGCAAUAGAGCCGUGCCUGCCCAGGACUACCAGCACCGGCUGCACGGAAGCCCGGCGCCAGUGCGAGAGAGACGGGCAGUGCAGCUCCGCGAUGCACGACUAUCUGAAGCACUGCGGGAAACUCUUCAGCGGGGCGAUCUGCACGAAUGCAUGCAGGAAUGUGAUCGCCAAUAUGCGUAAAAUACCUAAAGGUCAGCAGCUGGACACAUGCAUGUGUGAUGGCACGGAUCGGCCCAUCUGUGAGUUUGUGAAGAGCAGCAUGAAGGCGCUUUGCUUUGACUCUCCAGUGAGAGAAGAAGGCAGCGGAUCCGACUACAGUCAGUACCCAGAUGACGACGACGACGGACUACCGGAUGCGGACUAUCUAGUGGAGCCGGAGAGCUCAGCCUCUCUUCCAGCAGCCCACUGUGUAUUCACCCUGCUGGCAUCCAUUUUGGCUCUAUUGCCUCUCAUAUAAUCCCAUAAUCUGCAAAAGCAAUCUAAACUUUUGUCACUCUUUGACCUGAUACUAUUGUGAAAAAGUUAGAGCCCCACAGACUUAAAGGAAAGUGUGUUUUUUGGUGCAGGCCUUGUUUGAAUUAAGAGUUUUUAGACGCUGAAGGAUGUCAAAUCAGGAUAUUUUCUAUCCAUUUUGGCUCUAUUGCCCCUCAUAUAAUCCCCAGGUAUCAUAAUCUGCCCCCGACUUUUGUCCGGAUAAAAAGCAAAAAAGCAAUCUAAACUUUUGUCACUCUUAUGACCUGCUACUAUUGUGAAAGGUUAGAGUCUGUAACCUACCUGUCAGAUGUUUAAACAUUUACAGAGAUGUAUAGGUAGGUAGAUUUAUAGGUUCAUAAUCUGCCCCCGACUUUUGUGCGGAUAAAAAGCAAAAGCAAUCUAAACUUUUGUCACUCUUUGCUCUGCUACUAUUGUGAACAGUUAGAGCCCCACAGACUUAAAGGAAAGUGUGUUUUUUGCUGCAGGCCUUGUUUGAAUUAAGAGUUUUUAGACGCUGAAGGAUAUCAAAUCAGGAUAUUUUCUAUCCAUUUUGGCUCUAUUGCCCUUCAUAUAAUCCCUGUUAGAAAGGCCUGGACUGUAAUAGGACUAUGAUAAUGCAAAGUUCAUAAUUUGUUUUGUAUGAAUGUUCCUAUUAGGUGCAUAAUAAACAGUAGGAACAUUCAUACAAAACAAAUUAUUAACUUUGCAUUAUCAUAGUCCUAUUACAGUCCAGGCCUUUCUAAUAAUCCCUGAACAAAAACAAAGAUAAAUUCCAGGUCCUUUUCUCAGUUGUGCGUCCACUCGGCUCACAGAAACCAUUUCAAACAAUCAGCACAAGCUUCAGUCUAUAAACAGAAAGGGCUUCAACGAUUUAGGACAUCCACAGUGUUUCAGAAUGAAAAUCAAACCAUUGUCUGUCCUGUGAGUUUAGAAACUUCACUUUGUGUCAGAGUCCUGCGGAGGAACUCUAAACUGAAAGAGCUGCAGGAUUAAAAAACUUCCAUCGUCCAGCUGACUCCAGCUGCUGGUCACUUAUCUGUAACCUACCUGUCAGAUGUUUAAACAUUUACAGAGAUGUAUAGGUAGGUAGAUGUAUAGGUUCAUAAUCUGCCCCCGACUUUUGUCCGGAUAAAAAAGCAAUCUAAACUUUUGUCACUCUUUGACCUGCUACUAUUGUGAAAGGUUAGAGCCCCACAGACUAGAGGAAAGGGUGUUUUUAGUCUGUGUUUUUAGACGCUGAAGGAUAUCAAAUCAGGAUAUUUUCUAUGCAAAUGACACCAGAAAGAUGUUUCCCUAAACUUGCCUGAGCUCCAGGCAUGCUCUCUUAUCAAACCACACCACUCCACAGCUCUCCAGAUGCUUUGCUUGUGUGUGAUAAGCUAAAUUAGAUUGUCUACUUUCCCCUCAGUCACAGACUCUGAUUGUAAAGUUGUCACAAUAGAGGCUUGUUUUGGUUUUAAUCAGUACAUGCUGUGCACUGCCAAUCUUUUCUUUUUUUUUUUUUUAGAGAUAUGAACUAUUUUUAUAUAUGACACUGAUGCCAUUUGGCACCAGGCCGAUCUGAUUUACACGUAUUUAAUGCUGGAACUGUAUGAAACUGUAAAUAGAUUAUUAGGAGUUAAAGUGAAACAGUAAUUUAUUACAUGCCACCUAUAGUUACAUCCAAAUGUCCAUCAUGUGAAUAAAAAGACUGAAUAUUCCAGCUUUAAAGGGAAGUUAUCUUGACUGUAUUCUCUUCAAAGAUAAUGUGCAUUGUAUAUAUGUGUAUAGCCUAUAUAGAUUUUUUUUUUUUUCAGAGAAUCCUUUAUGUUUUAGGCUACGAGCUGAUUUAUUCACUGUGUAUAGCCUAGAGAAAGAAAUGUCUAAAUCCACUGUAUGAUUGCCUUAAUGAUAUACUUUUAUAGAAGGCAUAAAGGAAACUUGAAGAUA